AUGAGGCAGCAACGGGCCCUGGUGGCCAAGGAGGCCCAUGGGCUCCUGGGGGGCAUCAGGAAGAGUAUCCUGGAGGCCACAGUGGGGAACGCCCGGAUGGUUCUGCAGAUCGACAACGCGCGCCUGGCGGCCGAUGACUUCCGUGUGAAGUGGGAGGCAGAGCUGUCCAUGCGCCUGGCGGUGGAGAACGACAUCUCGGGGCUGCGGAAGGUGAUCGAUGACACCAACAUGGCGCGGCUGCAGCUGGAGGGGGAGCUGGAGGCCCUCAAGGAGGAGCUCAUCUUCAUGAGGAAGAACCACGAGGAGGAGGUGCAGAGCCUGCAGGCCCAGGUGUCCAGCUCAGGGCUGACGGUGGAGGUGGACGCGCCCAAGUCCCAGGAUCUGGGCAAGAUCCUGGCAGAGCUGAGGGCUCAGUAUGACACCCUGGCCCAGAAGAACCUGGAGGACCUGGAGAAGCAAUGGGGGAGGCAGAUCACCGAGAGCACCAUCGAGAUCACGCAGAGCAGCAAGGAGAUCGACACGGCCCGCAGCACCCUGGUGGACCUGCGCCGCACCGUGCAGACCCUGGAGAUCGACCUGGAGUCCCUCCGCAACCAGAAGGCGGGGCUGGAGAACAACCUGCUGGAGGUGGAGAACCGGUACCGGGCGCAGCUGGAGCAGCUGCACGGGCUGGUGCUGCGGGUGGAGGCGGAGCUGGGGCAGGCGCGGGCGGAGCUGCAGCGCCAGCUCCAGGAGCACCAGGACCUGCUCAACGCCAAGGACAAGCUGGAGGCCGAGAUCGCGACCUACCGGCAGCUGCUGGAGGGGGGGGAGGAGUUUAGGUAG